UACAUAGGGAGGAGGAGGAGGAGGAGGCAGCAUCCGAUGGCGGCCGACGUGGAGUCGUCUCUGGAGCUGAGUCUGUCGAACAGCUACGCGGGGCCCGGGUCUUUGCCGCCCGCGCGCUCCCGCAUUUUCAAGAUCAUCGUGAUCGGGGACUCCAACGUGGGGAAAACGUGCCUCACCUACCGCUUCUGCGCGGGGCGCUUUCCCGAGCGCACCGAAGCGACUAUCGGGGUAGACUUCCGCGAGCGAGCCGUCGACAUCGACGACGAGAGAAUCAAGAUCCAGCUCUGGGAUACAGCAGGACAGGAACGUUUUAGGAAGAGCAUGGUGCAGCAUUAUUACAGGAACGUACAUGCAGUUGUGUUUGUAUAUGAUAUGACAAAUAUUGCUAGCUUUCACAGUUUGCCACUGUGGAUUGAAGAGUGCAAGCAACACUUGCUCACCAAUGAAAUACCCCGGAUUUUGGUUGGAAACAAAUGCGAUCUAAGGAAUGCAAUUCAGGUGCCUACAGACGUGGCUCAGAAAUUUGCUGACACUCAUGGUAUGCCACUGUUUGAAACUUCUGCUAAAAAUCCAAAUGACAAUGAUCAUGUGGAAGCCAUAUUUAUGACAUUGGCUCAUAAGCUAAAAAGCCACAAACCACUCAUGCUUAGUCAGUUACCAGAUAAUACAAUUCACUUGAAACCAGCAUCAAAACCUAUUAUGACAUGUUGGUGUUAACUUACAGUAUAUUUGCAUUCAACGUUGUAUUCUCUUUGCCAGUGCUUUAAGAAUGUGCAAUGUUUUGAUUUAAUAAGAAUUAUCUUCUGCUGUGCACUUUAUUCAGUCAUUUUAUAUGUAGACGUUUAGUAUGUGCACUUGGUAAGCUGUAGCAUCUAAGUAAUGAUAAUGUUUAGGGAAUUAUUUUUGUUUUUAGGGAAUUUUUUAAUCUGUACAAAUAGAUUGUUUUACAGAAAAAUUGGCCUCUUAGCUUUGAGAGCUUUUCUCCAACACAGUGUGGAUAUUUUAAAAAUGUAUUAAGUCAGAUCUCUUCCUUUAUUGUUCAGUGUAAGAAUACUAUUUUUCUA